UAUUUUCUCAUAUAUUUCAGAAAUAAAGAUGUCUGUUUUAGCCCUUUUUGGGGCGGUUAAAAACCUUCUUAGCCCUAAAUGUAAAAGUGCUGACAUAUCUACUUCUGCUUUUAAGGUUUCAAGAUGGACUGGAAUAGUGUUGCUCAUAUUCAGUAUUUUAACCACUUCUAAACAGUUCUUUGGAGAACCUAUUCUGUGUAAUCCAACAAAGAUCCCGACUAAUAUGUUCUCUGCCUACUGCUUUAUGACAGGGACUAUCACUCAAGUGGAUGGCGAGCGCCUUGAAGAAGUGCCGGAUACCCAUGCACACCAUGGUAUUUCAUCAUUGCAGAAUGGAAAGAUGAUUCGACAUGACUACUAUCAGUGGGUGCCUUUUAUUCUCUUCUUUCAGGCAAUUCUCUUCUAUGCUCCCUAUAGAGCCUGGAAAAUGAUUGAAGGUGGAAAACUUGAUAAGCUUCUGGCAAAGGUGUCCUCCGAUCCACUGACUGAAACUCCUCUCAGUGAGCAGGUUCAAGGUAUCAGCAAAUUCUUAGCUGCUAAACCUUGUUGGUACAAUUGCUUCGCCAGGAAAAUGUUCAUUUGUGAAUUAGGAAUACUCCUGCUAUCUGUUCUACAGAUGUACUUCCUUGAUAUCAUCCUGGGUGAAAGGUUCUUUGGCCUUGGACAUGACUUUAUGUCUGUAACUUAUCCGUGGGAGUAUGUGAGAGUAGUCGAGGAAGUGUUCCCUUUGGUGACAAACUGUAGAAUGAACUAUGUUGGAUCUUCAGGAUCUGCAAUCCAAGAUUCAGGUAUCUGCAUAUUGAACGUGAACAUCUUGAAUCAAAAGAUAUUUCUGAUCUCCUGGUAUCUUCAGAUCUUUCUUAUUGCAUUCACCACUGUCAAGGUUCUCCUUGAUAUAGUUCUCAUCCUUGUUCCAGGUGCCAGAUAUAUUAUGCUCAGGAGUCAGGCCAAGUCUCUACAAUCCCAUGUGCUAUCCCGUGUAAACUGCCAUGGAAACUUUGGAUUCUAUACCCUCCUCACUCUCAUCGCCAAGAAUGUAGAUGGUGCACAGUUUGAGGCUCUUCUCCUUAUCCUCUCGGACAAGAUCGCUGGACGGAAUGAUAUGCAUCCUUCUUCCAUACUUAACAUGCAACUAAAUACAACAAAACAGUUUGAAGAUAACUUCAUCGUAAAAGAAAAGCAGGCAAACAGUCCAUUUAUCACCCGGAGACCUCGGCUGAUGUCAGGAUGAGAAAGGAGAUAUCACCACCUACCUAUCGAGAUGCAAACCUUUUCAUCUAAACAGAAACUGUUCUUAUAAUAAACUUUAUGAACAGAUUUCUAGCGAACAUUUCGGGAUUUUAUCCCACUGUUCAUGACAUAAACGUAAUUUAUGUAAAAUUGUGAAAAUCAACUUAAUUGCAUGAAAAGUGAAAAUUACGUGUCCAAUUGAUUGAAA